AUGGACAUCUACGCGCGCAUGCGAUCAAGCAUCGUAUCCUGGAAACAUGACAUCCCCCUCCCACCCGAUCUACCAGUAACCUCCAAAUUCCAAUCCUGGUAUUCAUUCAACAUCCCCUCCCAGCAAUGGGACCCCGUAAGCCCAAACAAAACAACAGAUCCACCACACAGUAAUACACCGGACAUAACCCUCCUAACCUGGAACAUCGACGCACUAUCCAAGCGAUCAACAGACCGCGUCGCAGAAAUCCUCACCUUCAUCACAACCAUCACCCCAAAAGCGGAUAUCAUAUUCCUACAAGAGGUUUCACAAUCCGCCCUCCAACAGAUCCUAGCUGAUAAGCGUAUCCGCGAAUCCUGGUUCUCAAGCGAACACGAGAACACAACAUGCCGAAACUCAUUUACGACGAUGACGCUAGUCUCCAAGCCACGCUGUGCAGUUGGCACCGGAAACGGGCUCGCGCUGGGUCCCGUCUGGAGGGUAUCCUUUCCAAGUUAUUUUGGCAGAGAUGCGCUCUUCUGUGAUAUAUUUCUUCCUUCGUCUACAGACUCGACGAGAGUACGACUUGCGAAUGUCCAUUUGGACUCUUUGCCUAUCAAACCAUCUCACCGGCCACGACAGCUCUCGAUUGUUUCUUCGUUUCUGCGUAGCGCGGGGUGUGGACUUGUUGCUGGGGAUUUCAAUCCGGUGCUGGAGGAUGAUGCCGGUCUUGUAGAGGAUAAUGGACUGACGGAUGUCUGGACGGCACUUCGUCCUGGCGAACCUGGGUAUACGUGGGGAGCGGAUGGGGAGCAGGCGUUUCCGGCGAAUCGGAUGGAUAAGGUUGCGUUGCUUGGACUGGAGGCUUGUGAUAUUCAGGUAUUCGCGCCGCAGCCAGUUGGGGAGCUGGUAGGAAGAGAGAAUGCUCGGAUUGAUACGGAUAGGCCUGAGUCUCAGCAGAUACAAGUCACCGAUAUUACGCUGUGGAGUGAUCAUCAUGCGGUGCUUUGCUCUUUUAGACUUGGAGAGUGA